AUGGCCCAGAUUGGUCUUCUUAUUACCAGGGUAUCCCAUCACUGGGUUAAUGCGACAUGUAUCCCAACACGAAGAAAAAUGCGUUCUGAAGAAGCAACGUUACGAUACCUGAAGAGACACAUGUCAAUUCCUGUACUGGACAUGUCGGCGUACGAUACGGACAUCGAUGGUGCAGUAGGCGGAGCAUGGAUGAUAAUGGAGCUUAUCAACGGGGAGAACGCCAGCUCAAUAUGGGAAUCCCUCAGCCAUAAGCAGAAGUAUAAACUAUCUCUCGCUGUGGGAGAUCAAUACCAGAACAUGCUGUCUCUACGGUUCAAUGCAAUUGGAAGCAUAGAUGCAAGCAAGAGAUGCUUUUUUAUCGGGCCCAUGCUGCUACUGCAAGAGGAGACAGGCGAUUCGCACUACCGCCAUCAUCCACAUCCUAUCGGCCUACCCACCAGAGCUACCUAUGUUCGGUCAACUGAUGAAAUCAGCUGUUCAAGCGACCUCGCUAUGGAUAAAACCCUGAUCACUUUAGAUCACCCGGAUUUCUCGAUACAUAACAUCAUCGUUCGCUCAGACGAUCCGACAGUAACCACUGGCAUCAUCGACUGGGAAGGAGCACAUAUCGUUCCUAUAUGGGCUACGAACCCUACUUUUAUGUGGCCGAUAUUUGCACCUCCUGAGGAGCAGGAUCAUUUUUAA